CUUUGAACAGUAGUUGAAUAUAAAUAUAAAUUCGUGAGUCGUUAGAGUCGAGCGAGAGGAUAAGUAUAAGUCCGGUUAGUCUGUGCACAACGAGUUGUUCAGCUUAGACGGAGUACUUGCAUGACGGCAAAAUGAGCUUGCGAUUUGGACUCUCCCUGCUGCUAAUGUUCGGCAUGUCGCAGCUGAUGCAGCAGGUGGAUGCCAGGAAACUUUGCGGCGAUGCACUCAAUAACGCCCUUGACGUGAUUUGUUCUUCUGGAUUCCCCCUUAGGAUCCCACGCGACACGGACAGACGACAAAGUCCCGAGCAGGCGCUGCUCCGCAAGUGGCGUCUCUUGGCUUUGCAACUGGAAUUGGAUCAACCGGAUAACGAUGAAAGGGAUGAUGAAGCUCUUGUCGCUGCCAUAGACGAAGGCAGGGAACGGAAGCUGCAUCGUCCAAGGCGCGAGGGACGCAUUAUCGACGAUUGCUGCGAGAAUGGAUGCACCUACGAUACUCUUCGGUUAUACUGUGCCUAAGGAGCCCCACCUCCCACCUUCCACCACCACCUUUGAGAUCUACCCGCUGCGAGAAGUCCCGACAAAAACAAAAGGAACACCAAAAGGAACUUGCGUUUUGCAAAUUCAUUUACAUUUACUUACACUUAACGGAAAAAGCUCCCCCAAAAACAUUUACAUUUAAUAUUAAUAAUUCCCAAUGUCUUAUUGUAAUAUUUCAU